AGUGAGUGUGAAGUGGGUGAGGUUUUGGCUUUUGAAUUGAAGAAGAGAGAGUGUUGUGAUCUGAGUCGUUGAAGAAGAAGAAGAGAUGAGUCAGAGUCAGGGACAGGGCCAUGGAGGAUCUCAUUCCCUUGCCUUUCGCGUCAUGCGCCUCUGCCGCCCUUCCUUCAACGUCGACCCUCCCCUCCGCCUCGACCCCGCCGACCUCUUCGUCGGCGAGGACCUCUUCGACGACCCCUCCGCCGCCCACCCCUCCCCCUCCCCCGACUCCGAUCCCAACUACCGCAGCCGCUUCCUCCUCCACCACUUCUCCGACGCCAUGGGCCUCUCCGGCCUCCUCGUUCUCCCUCAGUCUUUCGGGUCUCUCUCUCUCUCUUCAAUUUGUGAUUUCUCAAUUAUUCGCUCACUCAUGCUCCCAAUUCCAAUGCAGAGCCAUUUAUUUGGGAGAGACUUUCUGUAGCUAUAUCAGUAUAAACAACAGCUCCAAUCUUGAAGUCAGGGAAAUUAUUAUCAAGGCUGAAAUUCAAACAGAGAGACAGAGAAUACUUCUUUUAGACACAUCAAAAUCACCAGUUGAAUCGAUCCGCGCCGGUGGGCGUUAUGAUUUUAUUGUAGAACACGAUGUGAAAGAGCUCGGACCUCACACGCUGGUCUGCACUGCAUUGUACAAUGAUGGUGAUGGUGAGCGUAAAUAUCUUCCUCAAUUUUUCAAGUUCAUCGUUGCUAAUCCACUUUCCGUGAGGACAAAGGUUCGUGUUAUCAAGGAAACUACCUUUUUGGAAGCUUGUAUUGAAAACCAUACAAAAUCAAACCUUUUCAUGGACCAAGUUGAUUUUGAACCUGCUCAGUGUUAUAGUGCAACAAUACUUAAAGGUGAUGGGCACCAUUCUGAGAAAGAUAGUCCUACAAGGGAGACAUUUAAACCACCAACACUAAUUAGAUCUGGUGGGGGAAUUUACAACUAUCUCUAUCAAUUGAAAACGUCAUCAGAUGGUUCUGCUCCAACAAAAGUUGAAGGAAGUAAUGUUCUUGGUAAGCUCCAGAUAACAUGGAGAACAAAUUUGGGUGAACCUGGCCGCCUGCAGACCCAGCAAAUAUUGGGGACUCCAGCAGCGAAGAAGGAGAUUGAGUUGCAAGUUGUAGAGGUUCCAUCUAUUAUUAACCUUCAAAAACCGUUCAUGCUAAAACUGAAUCUUACAAACCAGACAGACAGAGAGCUGGGUCCAUUUGAAGUUAGCUUAUCUCAAAAUGCUUCAUAUGGGGAGAGAGUUGUGAUGAUUAAUGGCCUUCAAUCAAUGGUUUUAUCACAGGUUCAGGCUUUAGAAUCCACUAAUUUCCACCUGAAUCUCAUAGCUACUAAACCUGGAAUUCAGAGAAUUACGGGAAUUACAGUUUAUGAUUCUAGGGAGAUGAAAUCUUAUGAACCACUUCCAGAUUUAGAGUCAGGAUAACAUUCUGACUUCUUUAAUUGCUGCAGAUUUUUGUGGACAUGGAUUAAAAUUGUGGCUACUGCAUCCAGUUUGGUCAGAAGUGGUUAACAUUGAUCGCCUGUUAUCCGCAGUUAAAUGUUCCGUGUCAUCAAUGUGCCUAAUCAAGACCUACCAUGUUCCCAACUGGUGACUCUCUGAUGCCACUAGGCCUAUAUUCUCUUCCAGUUAGGGCUAAUGAAUCCUGCAGGAUCAUCAAAGCCUUAUUGGACUAAUUGCAAAGUUCUGUAACUAAAUUGGAGUAAUGAGUGGUUGAUUACGUGCUGGGGGGCCAAGUCCUUGCUUUUAUUGGUUCUAGGGGCUCCGUAAUUUUUAUUCAUUGUCACUAUAUUUAUCCAACUGCUUGAUUAUCAUCUAUAGAUGAUUUACAUGGCGGUUUCUCGUAUUGUAGUAAGUGGUCAAUUAUACUAAUGUAUUUUAAGUACUGUGAAUUAUAUUAAUUAUUAAAAAACUUUAUCAA